ACAAAAGAAAAACCAAAUUAACUACUGUCAAUUCUGCAGGAUUCAUUGGUUUCUACUGCUGAUAUCUGCAGUUCGGUUGUUGAUAUGUUUAGACCAGUUCAUUGCUAAGUUUAGCAGGAUAAAAUUGUAUUUAAAAUAUUGAAUCUCUACAAUGAUUGGAAUUUUUCCAUUGAAAAUUCAUCUAUAAUUUCUUGAAAAUGGUAGAUAUAGGUUUGUCUAGUCUUCUGCAUCUAGGGGACAUUGUUUCCCUUUAUGCAGAAGGUUCAAGUGCAGCUAGUGGAUUUUUGAGUACACUGGGUUUGGUUGAUGAUCGUUGUGUUGUUUGUCCUGAAGUAGGAGAUUUGCUCAACCCUCCAAAGAAGUUCAGAGAUUGUUUAUUCAAAAUAUGUCCUAUGAAUCGAUAUUCUGCUCAAAAACAAUUCUGGAAAGCUGCAAAACAAAGUAUGACAUCCAACACAGAUACCAAUCUGCUCAAAAGGCUUCAUCAUGCUGCUGAAAUCGAAAAGAAACAAAAUGAAAGUGAAAAUAAAAAACUCAUGGGAAAUAAUGUCCCAUACGGUAGUGUUGUACAGUUAUUGCAUCUUAAAUCUAAUAAGUAUCUCACCGUCAACAAACGUUUACCAGCUCAGUUAGAACGAAAUGCUAUGAGAGUAUACCUUGACGGCAAUGGAAAUGAAGGUUCUUGGUUUUAUAUCCUUCCUUUUUACAAAUUAAGAUCUACCGGUGACAAUAUUGUACUGGGUGACAAAGUAAUACUAAACCCAGUCAAUACCGGUCAACAGGUUUUGCAUGUAUCUGCCAACCACGAGCUUCCCGAUAACCCAGGAUGUAAAGAAGUGAAUGUUGUUAACGGAAACACUUCAUGGAAAGUGACACUCUUCAUGGAACACAAAGAAAAUUCUGAUGAUAUUCUUAAAGGUGGUGACGUAGUACGUUUGUUCCACGCAGAACAAGAGAAAUUUUUAACCAUGGAUGAAUACAAGAAACAUCACCACGUAUUUUUGAGGACAACAAGUAGAGCUAGCGCUACUUCAGCUACCAGCAGUAAGGCGUUGUGGGAGAUUGAAGUAGUGCAGCAUGAUCCUUGCAGAGGGGGUGCAGGCCACUGGGACUCGCUCUUCAGAUUCAAACAUCUUGCCACUGGCCAAUACCUUGCCGCAGAUGUCAACAAUGAACAGAUAACGAAUCAGAUGAGAACGAAAUUUAGAGUAGAAGCGGCAGAUGUGCCAGCUUAUCAUCUUGUUCCAGUUGCUAAUUCCACAGAAAUCGCCUCUUUGUUCGAAUUAGAUCCUACAAGUUUAACCAGGGGGGACUCACUUGUGCCCCAAUCAAGUUACGUGAGAUUGCACCAUUUGUAUACGAACACUUGGGUGCAUUCUACAUCGUUGCCAAUCGAUAAAGAAGAAGAUAAGCCUGUGAUGUCAAAAGUUGGUUGUGCCACAAUGAAAGAAGACAAGGAAGCAUUCGCUCUGAUCUCUGUAUCUCCUGUAGAAGUUAGGGAUCUCGACUUCGCCAAUGACGCUUGCAAGUUACUUUCGUCGCUUUCUGUCAAAUUAGAGACUGGAACUAUUUCGAUUAAUGAAAGAAGAUCGUUGAAUAAUCUCCUUCAAGAUAUCGUCUAUUUCGUAGCAGAAUUAGAGAAUGAACAGAAUAAAACAGAAGCCCUAGAGUUGAUCGUUACAAAUCCUAACAGAGAUCGACAGAAAUUGCUUAGAGAACAGGCAAUUUUGAAACAGCUCUUUAAAAUUUUGCAGGGGCCUUUCAUCGAUGCUCCAAAUGGAGAUGGGCCACUCUUGAAAAUCGAAGAACUAGGUGACCCUCGUCAUGCUCCAUACAAGCAUAUAUUCAGGUUGUGUUACAGAAUUCUCCGUCUUAGCCAGCAGGAUUAUAGAAAAAAUCAGGAGUACAUCGCCAAACACUUCGGUUUCAUGCAAAAGCAAAUCGGUUAUGAUAUAUUAGCAGAAGAUACAAUAACAGCUUUAUUGCACAAUAAUCGUAAACUCUUAGAAAAACAUAUUACUCCUGCGGAGAUAGAAACAUUUGUUGGUUUGGUCAGGAAGAACAUGAGUACUUGGGAAUCUCGUUUCCUCGAUUAUUUAUCUGACCUAUGCAUAUCCAACAAAAAAGCAAUACCUGUUACACAAGAACUUAUCUGUAAAAGUGUUCUCAGCCAGAAAAAUUCUGACAUAUUGAUUGAAACUCGAAUAAUGAAGACACAGGUUGAAGUUGAGGAUAUUUCAGAAAGUCAACUUGCCGAAAAUAAAGAAGAUGAAUUGCAAGAACCUGUUACCUUAGUUGAGGAGUGUCAGGUGGUUUUACUGUGGAAUAAUAGACAAAAAUCGAUGCCGCUUGUAGAAAUGUGCAGGAAUGCUAAAAUGAACAAAGAUCAACAGGCUAUUUUGGACUAUUACAGGCAUCAGUUGGAUCUGUUCUCAAAUAUGUGUCUCAACAGACAGUACUUGGCUUUGAACAAUCUCUCUCCACACUUAGAUAUAGAUCUGAUUUUGAGGUGUAUGGCAGACCAGACUGUCAGUUUUGAUCUUAGAGCUUCUUUCUGUAGACUUAUGUUGCAUCUCCAUGUAGAUCGAGAUCCACAAGAACCUGUUACACCAGUAAAAUAUGCAAGAUUGUGGUCUGAAAUACCAGCCAAGAUGUCCAUCCAUGAUUAUGACACAAACAAAACUCCUGAUCCGAACAAAGAAGCAGUUAGGUCUAGAUUUGACGGAACUAUCUCCUUUGUCGAAGAUUACUUGUGUAAUGUAGUUGCUAAAAUGUGGUCAUUUUCAGACCAAGAGCAAAAUAAGUUGACUUUUGAGGUAGUAAAACUGGCUAGAGAAUUAAUCUAUUUUGGUUUCUAUAGUUUUUCUGACUUGCUUAGAUUAACGAAAACUUUGCUCAGUAUUUUGGAUUGUGUGUCAGAAAAUGAUUACAUUGAUGGAAGGUUGCCUCGAAGUGAAAUUGAAUCUGACGACUACCAAAUUGUGGGAAAAAGAGCUGAAGGAGGAGUUUUACGUACAAUUGGGGACAUGGGAGCUGUGAUGACUUCGCUGGCGUUGGGUCCAGUUGGUAGAUCUGUUGUAAAUACAAGUUCAGUCCAGAACAAAUCUUCUCAUAAAGAGUAUCCGUUGGUAAUGGACACAAAAUUGAAAAUAAUAGAAAUUCUAGAAUUUAUAUUGGAUGUUCGCCUAGACUAUAGGAUAAGCUGUUUGCUCAGUAUAUUUAAGCAGGAAUUUGAUGAGAGUGGAAAGAAUAAUAUGGGCGACUCACUCAAUAUGCACAAGAAUAUAGAUUUAGAAUCUAUCGGUAGUCAAGCGGAAGGAAUUUUUGGUAGCAGCGAAGAAUGUGCAGUUUUAGAUCUUGACGGUCAUGGUGGUAGAACCUUUUUAAGGGUUUUAUUGCAUCUGGUCAUGCAUGAUUACCCUUCUUUAGUUUCCGGUGCGUUGCAUCUUCUAUUCAGGCAUUUUAGUCAAAGACAAGAAGUGCUGCAAGCAUUUAAACAGGUACAAUUAUUAGUAUCAGAUAGCGAUGUUGAGUCGUAUAAGCAAAUUAAGUCAGAUUUAGAUGUACUUAGACAAUCUGUUGAAAAAUCUGAGCUCUGGGUAUAUAAAUCAAGAAGCAUUGAUGAUCAUUCUUCAACAAUUAAAAAGAACAAAGAUGAUGACGAAGAAACAAUUAUAAAAUUGUCUAGUCGUUCUAUACUGGAAAAGAAAGGAUCAGCUAUAAAUUUAGAUGUUGGCCCCCCUUUGCAACAAGAACAAGCCGAUGAGUAUAAGAAGAUUCAGCAGAUACUGAUGCGUAUGAAUAAACUGUGUAUUCAGACAUCACCAAGUGGAUUGAUUAAACCAAGAAAGCACGAGCAGAGGCUUUUGCGUAAUGUUGGUGUGCACACAGUUGUAUUAGAUUUACUUCAGAUACCUUACGAUGAGAAGGAAGAUGUUCGCAUGAACGAACUGAUGAGACUUGCCCACGAAUUUCUACAGAAUUUCUGCUUAGGCAAUCAGCAGAAUCAAGUUUUGUUAUACAAGCACUUGGACUUAUUUUUGAAUCCUGGUAUAAGGGAGGCUCAAACAGUGUGUGCAAUAUUUCAAGACAAUUCUACAUUGUGCAAUGAAGUUAAUGAGAAAGUUAUUCAGCAUUUUGUUCACUGCAUCGAAACUCACGAGAGACAUGUGCAGUAUUUGAAAUUUCUGCAGACUGUAGUUAAGGCAGAAAAUCAAUUCAUAAGAAAAUGUCAAGAUAUGGUCAUGCAAGAGUUGGUUAAUGCUGGUGAAGAUGUUUUGAUAUUUUAUAAUGAUAAGGCAUCCUUUAGUCAUUUUAUCGAGAUGAUGCGAUCUGAAAGACACUGUAUGGACGAAGGUAGCUCUUUGAAAUACCACGUGGAACUAGUCAAGUUGUUAGCUUGCUGUACAAUGGGGAAAAACGUUUAUACAGAAAUCAAAUGCCAUAGUUUGCUGCCAUUAGACGAUAUUGUAUCCAUAGUGGUCCACCCAUACUGCAUUCCAGAAGUCAAAGAAGCAUACGUAGGCUUUUUGAACCACUGCUAUAUUGAUACCGAAGUGGAGAUGAAAGAAAUUUAUACCUCUAGUCAUAUGUGGACAUUGUUUGAGAAGUCGUUUUUGGUUGAUAUGGCUGAUAUAGCAACAGGUCCAACUGAUAGAAAACAUCCAGAUAAAGCUUUAGAAAAUUAUGUCACCAAUUGUGUUAUGAAUAUUAUUUCUACAUUCUUCAGCUCUCCAUUUUCAGAUCAAAGUACCACUGUUCAGAAACACCUGCAUGAGGCAAAGAUAUAUUGGAGCGACUUGCCAAUAGAAAACUUGGAAGAUUUUGAUCCAUUUACAGUUAUAGUACCUCUUAAACAUUGCCCGCCAGUAACAGCUGAUACAAGACAACCUAUUUUUGUACAAUUACUGCAGUCUGCAUUUAGAGUUUCACAAUGCACUUGGUUGUCUCCUUCUCAACGUUUUAAUGUAGAAAAUUGCAUUAGGACCUUAUCUGAUGUUGCUAAAAAUCGGGGAAUAGCUAUUCCCUUGGAUUUAGAAAGCCAAGUUGCUGCUAUGUUCAAUAAAGCAACAAUAUUAACAAGACAAACUAGCAAAUGGCUGCAAGCUUCCAAAACCCCUAAAAUAGAAAGAUCUCAGUCCCAGUUGAUGAAGUUAGAUAGGAGUAUAAUUGAAGGUCUGCAAGAUAUAGUGUCGCUUUUAGAAGACCAGUUGAAACCACUGGUGCAAUCUGAGUUGUCUCUCUUAGUUGAUGUUCUCUAUAGGCCAGAAUUACUCUUUCCAGUAGGAUCUGAUUCUCGAAAGAAAUGUGAGAGUGGUGGAUUCAUAAGAAGACUUAUAAAGCAUACCGAACAACUUCUGGAAGAAAAGGAAGAAAAAUUGUGUGUCAAAGUGUUGAAAACUUUGAGAGAAAUGAUGGCUAUAGAUCCGGAGUAUGGUGAAAAGGGAGAUGUGUUAAGGAAUAGUUUACUUGCUAGGUACUUUGGUAAAGCUUUCAUACAAAAACAUGAUACCGUUGCUUUAGGAAACUACCAAAUAGCAGCUGUCAUGCAUGGUCCAGGAGCGAAAAUCCUGAGUAGAGCGGGCCGUACAUUACACGAAGUGCAAACUCAUUUGGACAGAGAAGGCGCUUCAGACCUGGUUGUUGAGCUGGUUAUAAACUCCAUCAGUUCCCCAAUGAUCUUUGGGGAAGCAGUGGAACUAGGAAUAGCUCUUUUAGAAGGUGGAAACCCCAUCAUACAAAGGAGCAUGUUCCAAAAAUUAGUUGUCGGAGAUCUGAGCUUAUCGUUCUUCAAGGUUUUUUAUGAUAAAAUGAAGGAUUCUCAACAAGAAAUAAAAUCGACCGUGACAGUGAAUACCUCGGACAUAGCUGCUAAAGCGCACGAAGACAAACAAGAUGGUAAAGAAUUGGAUAAGAUAUCAAAAAAACAAAAUGGGAAAAUGAACGGCAUCCAGAUAAGUGAUGAACUUAGGGAGGAGCUACAUAGGGCUGCGGAAACGACGUCUCAAGCUUACGCCCAAAUUCGAAACAUGGGUGCAGGAGAUGAAGUGGCUGUAGCACAAGGUUCAGCAUCAGCAUUUGAAGAAUUGCUCGCCGAGAAAUUGGAGAAAAACAGAGAAAGAGAAGAACAAAACAUGCUCUCUAAUAAGAUAUUAAUUAUGCAGCCUAUUCUUAGAUUCCUACAACUCCUUUGUGAAAAUCACAAUCCUGCCCUGCAGAAUCUUCUUCGCAAUCAGAAUAACAAAACAAAUUACAAUUUGGUAUCCGAAACAUUAAUGUUCCUUGACUGUAUCUGUGGUUCUACAACUGGAGGUUUAGGACUGCUUGGACUCUACAUAAACGAGAAUAAUGUUGGACUCAUCAAUCAAACGUUGGAAACGUUAACUGAAUAUUGCCAAGGACCAUGUCACGAGAAUCAAAAUUGUAUAGCUACACACGAAUCGAAUGGUUUAGAUAUCAUAACUGCUCUUAUAUUGAAUGACAUAAAUCCUCUAGGUAAAACAAGGAUGGAUUUGGUUUUAGAAUUAAAGAAUAACGCUUCUAAACUAUUGCUUGCUAUUAUGGAAAGUAGAGGUGAUAGCGAGAACGCAGAAAGGAUACUCUACAACAUGAAUCCUAAACAACUUGUCGAUGUUGCCUGUCGGGCAUUCCAUCAAGAGUCCUCUGAAGAAGAUGACGAUCUGGACGACAGUGGGAUAAAUGAUGCUGUAUCACCGAAAGAAGUCGGUCACAACAUUUACAUCCUUUGUCAUCAACUGGCACAACAUAACAAGGAAUUGGCUGCAUUACUUAAACCUACAGAUUUUGCACUUGAUCUCAAAAUGCAGAAAGCACUUAUGUAUUACGCUACCCACACUGCUCAAAUUGAAAUCGUAAGACAUGACCGAACGUUGGAACAAAUUGUAUUUCCAAUACCGGAGAUAUGUGAAUAUAUAACAACUGAUACGAAGAUCAGAGUCUUGAACACAGCCGAAAGAGAUGAUCAAGGUUCAAAAGUUGCGGACUUUUUUGAUCGAACCGAUGCCAUGUUUAAUGAGAUGAAAUGGCAGAAGAAGUUGAGAGCACAACCUGUUUUGUUUUGGGUGAGCAGCUAUAUGUCCUUAUGGAGUAACAUAUUGUUCAAUUGUGCCGUGUUGAUAAAUUUGAUAGUAGCGUUUUUCUAUCCGUUUGAGUACACUCUACCUAAUAUCAGUUCAAGUAUUUCCAUAUUGAUCUGGCUUGCCAUGUUAGCGUCUGCAACUAUUGUUGUAACCUUACCAAGAGAAAUGGGAAUAAGGACAUUAGUAGCAUCAACUAUAUUGAGACUGAUAUUUUCUUUAGGUCCAGAGCCAACGUUAUGGCUUUUGGGCUCAGUAACUAUAUUACUCAAAGGUAUUCAUCUAGUCAGUAUCAUGGGAAACCAUGGAACCUUAACUAAAACUUACCAGCAGAUACUCACAGAUGCUGAACUUGUGUAUCACUUGGCAUAUCUUGUGUUUUGUAUGCUGGGCCUUGUUAUGCACCCGUUCUUCUAUUCUGUUUUGUUGUUUGAUGUUGUCUACAGAGAAGAGACUCUGUUGAACGUUAUAAGAUCUGUAACAAGAAAUGGUCGAUCUAUUAUCUUAACAGCAGUGUUGGCCAUGAUUUUAGUAUAUAUGUUUUCAUUGAUUGGUUAUAUGUUCUUCAAGGAAGAUUUUAUUGUUAGUGUUAACGUUAAAACUGAAGAGGAUUGUGAAACAAUAUCCAGGCAAACUGGACACCAUUACAUCGAAGAUGGUGGCUUUUGUAAGCAGGUUGAUGAUGGUGAGGAGAAAAGAGAACGUGCUUGUGAUUCCUUGAUAAUGUGUAUUGUAACUACGUUGAAUCAGGGCUUAAGAAAUGGAGGGGGUAUUGGGGACAUUUUAAGAGCACCUAGCAGUGAGGAACCACUUUUUGUCGCUCGUGUAGUAUAUGAUUUACUCUUCUUCUUUGUGGUGAUAAUCAUUGUACUUAAUCUGAUUUUUGGUGUUAUUAUCGAUACUUUUGCCGAUUUAAGAUCCGAGAAGCAACAGAAAGAACUUAUUCUAAAAAACACCUGCUUUAUUUGUGGUUUGAACAGGUCCGCAUUCGAUAAUAAGACGGUAAGCUUCGAAGAACAUAUAAAAUGCGAACACAACAUGUGGCAUUACUUGUACUUCAUAGUCCUGAUCAAAGUGAAAGACCCUACUGAAUUUACUGGCCCUGAAAGCUACGUUUAUGCAAUGGUAAAAGCAUCAAAUCUCGAUUGGUUUCCGAGAUUGCGAGCAAUGUCGCUGGCUGCUGUAGAAGGAGACGGCGAACAGAUCGAACUUAGAAGCCUACAAGCUCAACUUGAAACCACUCAAAUAUUAGUUACAAACUUAUCUCAGCAACUGAUGGAUCUGAAAGAUCAAAUGGCGGAACAACGUAAGCAGAAACAGAGAUGGGAACUUCUUAAUUCUGCCUCUGUCGCCCAAUUAAAUCUUCCUAAUUUACAAUAAUACAGCCAAGUAGUAUCGAUCUAAAUCUGAGUGUGCUCAAAUAUUUCUAAAACAUCUUUCUGCAUUUAUACGAUCGUGGCUUCGAUUUGUUAUUUAAAUAUUUCUUUUUAACGAUUAUUGAAUGAUUUAGUUGAAGAUGACAAUCUAUAAUUUUUCAAUAAAAUGGGUCUAUUGACUCUUAAGUAUGUGUUAUACCUCUUCAGGAAGUGUGUUGUAUAAUAAUUUAAAUGAAUGCACAGUUUUUGUCCAUAAUAUAUUUUUAAGUGAAUCAAUGUCUGUUGUCUUUACUGCAAUAAAAGAGCAUAUUAUAACGUU